AUGGAUGGCAUUGAGGAAGAGGAGGGAGAUGAGGGCAGGAAUUGGGAAGGGGGACAGGGAAGAGCCAAAAAAAGAAGAAACAGCAGCCAGGGAUGGGAUGAUGGGGAAAAAAAGCAGGAGAAAGGAAAAGCAAAGAAACACAGGAAGGGGAAAGUGAAGGGGGUGGAAGAGGUGGGGAAGAGGAAAAUAAAGAAGGAAAAAUUGCUGGAAGAGGAGCAAGAGAUGGAGAAAGGGGAGGAGAGGGUGGGAAAGGGAAGUGGAGAUGGAAAAGGAAUAAAAAAGGAGGAAGAGGUGGAUGAAAAAGAGGAGGAAGGAUUGGGGGAGACUGGGAGUGCAGGGAUGGUGAAGGAGGAGGAGGAUGAAGGGAAGGGAGAUGCUCCAGUGAAAGAGAAAAAGAAGAAAAAGCCAGAGGGGGACACAAAAGAAACUGAGAAAAAGAGUGAAGAGGAUGAAACCCCAGGGAAAACUGAGAAAAGGAAAUCCAAAGAGGGAGAAGAAAAGAAGGAAAAGAACAAUAAAAAGACCAAAAAACAGAAAGAAGAAGAAAAAGAGGCAGAAAAAAAAUGGAAAUGGUGGGAAGAGGAGAAGAAGGAGGAUGGAGUGAAAUGGAUGCAGCUGGAGCACAGGGGGCCCUACUUUGUGCCCCUCUACGAGCCCCUGCCCGAGGAUGUGCAGUUUUAUUAUGAUGGAAAACCCCUGAAGCUGAGCCUGGCCACGGAGGAAAUUGCCACAUUUUAUGCCAAAAUGUUGGAUCAUGAGUACACCACCAAGGAGAUCUUCCAGAACAACUUUUUCCAUGACUGGAGGAAGGAAAUGACCUCAGAGGAGCAGGAGAUAAUCAAGGAGCUGGACAAAUGUGACUUCAGGGAGAUCCACAAAUAUUUUGUGGACAAAAAUGAGGCUCGGAAAGCGCUUCCCAAGGAGGAGAAGCAGAAGCUGAAGGAGGAGGCAGAUAAGAUCCAGGAGGAAUAUGGAUACUGCAUCCUGGAUGGGCACAGGGAGAAGAUUGGCAACUUCAAAACUGAACCUCCAGGGCUCUUCCGUGGCCGUGGGGAGCACCCCAAGAUGGGGAUGCUGAAGAAGAGGGUCAUGCCAGAAGAUGUCAUCAUCAACUGCAGCAGGGAUUCCAAGAUUCCUGAGCCCCCAGAGGGUCACAAGUGGAAGGAGGUUCGCUUUGACAACACGGUCACCUGGCUGGCCUCGUGGACAGAGAACAUCCAGAACACCUUCAAGUACAUCAUGCUGAAUCCCAGCUCCAAGCUGAAGGGGGAGAAGGACUGGGAGAAAUACGAGGUUGCUCGGCGCCUGAAGGGUGUUGUCCACACAAUCCGGGCUCAGUACAGAAGAGACUGGAAAUCCAAGGAGAUCAAGGAGAGGCAGAGAGCAGUGGCCCUCUACUUCAUUGAUAAGCUGGCCCUGCGAGCUGGGAACGAGAAGGAGGAAGGGGAGACUGCAGACACGGUGGGCUGCUGCUCCCUGAGGGUGCAGCACAUCCAGCUGCACCCCCAGCUGGAUGGGCAGGAGCACGUGGUGGAGUUUGACUUCCUUGGGAAAGACUCCAUCCGUUACUACAACAGAGUGUCCGUGGAGAAGCAGGUGUUCAAGAACCUGCAGCUGUUCAUGAAGAACAAGGAGCCCACUGAUGACCUCUUUGACCAGCUCACUACAAACUUCCUGAACAAACACCUCCAGCACCUCAUGGAUGGUUUGACAGCCAAAGUCUUCAGGACCUACAAUGCUUCCAUCACCCUGCAGGAGCAGCUCAAGGCUCUCACCAACCCUGAAGACAGCGUUGCAGGAAAGCUCCUGUCCUACAACCGAGCCAACCGAGCCGUGGCCAUCCUGUGCAACCACCAGAGGUCUGUGCCAAAGACCUUUGCCAGGUCCAUGCAAGCCCUGCAGGAAAAGAUUGAUGCCAAGAAGAAACAGGUGGAGGAAGCUGAGGAAGAAGUGAAAAAAGCUGAGGAUGAGUGUAAAGGCACAGGAGAUGCCAAAGCAGAAGCCAACGUGGAGAAGAAGAAGAAGCUGCUGAAGAGGCUGGAGGAGCAAUUGGCCAAGUUGAAUGUCCAGGCCACAGACAAGGAAGAGAACAAGCAAAUAGCUCUGGGCACAUCCAAGCUGAAUUACCUGGACCCCAGGAUCAGUGUGGCUUGGUGA